CUCAUGUUGUUUCUAGCUUUUGUUGUGCUUUUGCCUAUUGCAUCCACAUUUGCUUAUUCUAUCAUACCAAAGUUUGAGCAAUUGGUAGUUUACGGUGAUAGUGUUACAGAUAACGGCAAUGUUUAUCGGGCAACCAAUAAAACCUAUCCUGCUUCUCCUCCUUACUAUCAAGGCAGGUUCUCUGAUGGUCCUGUUUGGCUAGAAUAUGUCUCUCAAUAUCUUUCAAUUCCUGUUCAAGACAAUGGCUAUGGAGGUGCCACCACUAAUGCAGAUGAUAUGACUGCUAUCCGCAAUAAUUUCACUGUACCAGGUUUCAUACAGCAAGUUGAAACAAUCCAUGUUAAUACAGCCGAGACAUUGUACAUGGUUGAGAUUGGAGGGAAUGACUUGAUCGGUCUUCUUUAUCCUGGUGCCUUCUUUGAUGAUCAUUAUCCCAAUUAUGAUAUUCAUAGAAUCAGUGAUAAUUUGAUUCAGGGCAUACAAUUAUUGAUAAACAAAUAUCAAGCCCAAGAUAUUGUGUUGAUGAACAUUCCUUCUCUUGAUGUAUUUCCAGGUAUUGAACAAAAACUCAAGAAACAAGCUGCUCAACUUGUGAUUGAUUACAAUCAACUUGUUAAGGAUAAAAUUCAAUCUAUUAAAGGUGCUCGCAUUCAAAUCUUUGACUUUUACAGUUGGGUUCAGCAACAAAUGCAAAAGGCAAAGCAAUACAACAUGAUUACAGACACUGCUUGUUAUGAUGAUGUGACAUCAUGCAAUACUCCCGGAAACUACUUCUUUUGGGAUACGUUCCAUUUUGAGACAAAGGUACACAAAGCACUCAGCGUUUCUAUUCUUAAAAUGUUGAAGAGCAAUUACAAAAUCAAAUCUAAAGUAGCCUUUAUUCAUCAGCCAAAGCAUCUUUAAUAUACCAAGUGGGUUUCUAUAUACAAUAAAUUAUUUGUUUCGCCGCACAACGUCACUUAC